GCCUAGCUUGUGGAUGACACAUGUUUCAAUAGAGUUGUGGUUUGUAAUUGUUUGCAGAGAUUCAUGUGGCAGUUCCCGUAGUUCCUAUAGGUUAAAUGGGUAAUCAUGAUUUCAGUUUCUACAGAUUGUACUGUGUCUAUUAAAAUGAUGCAUGGCAACUGUUAGAUACAUUAGCUAUGGCUAUGUUUAUGAUUUACUUAAGUGUAGGUGUAUGUCUUACUCUUAUUUUAGCGAAAGUUUAUUGUUACCUUUUGCUUAAUUAUUCCGCUUUUACAUUUCCUUGUUGAUUUGUAGAUAUUUCAUGGAUAAAGAGCCACUCACGCCUGUUCCAUCAGAGCAACUUCUUGGACCUGGAUAUGGUCAAGGUGUAUGGCCUUUGCGUGAGCGGUUGGCAUUAGCUACAGCUCUUUUAGACGUAGAUAAUCAGCAGGGAACCUGGUCCUCUACCAGUCGUCGUCUGAUGCCAUUUUCUAAACCAGGUCGGCCACCUACAUGGUGUUCGCCUAGAGCAUGUGCGAAACAGUACGCCUUACUUCUAGAUUCAAUUGAAUUGGUCAAGCGACAAAAUAUGCCGGGGAGUGACUCACAGUCAAGUCAGCUGAGUUUAGCUGAGCGUGUUGUGAAGCGUCUAAGUGCUGAACGAGCAGAAGAAUUAAGGUCGCGAAUACAACGUGAACAGAAGUACUACAGUUCAUUGAAAAGUAUUAUUUCGAACGUGGAAUCUGGCAUGUACGACAGUCAGUUGCCCACUUUGUUAGAGCAAAUCAAGUCUUUCACCGAAUCAAAAAACAAACCGGAAAAUGUUACACCCAACAAGAGUACUUCUCAAAUCUAUAGUCCUUCGAAAACUGCGACUUCUGCUGGAGAUACAACUACCAAUGAAUUAGAACGCCAACCAGGGAUAAAAUGCUCAGAUAAUGUAGAUUCGGGAAACGUAUCUGCUGAAAGUAGUCCACAGGGUGCCGAAAACCUUCUCGGAUUAGUGAGAGAAAUACAAGAUUUUUAUCGGAUUCCUGAUUCAACAUGGUACUGUGCUCCUGGUCCGAUAAACAGUUGUAAGGCCUUUGGAAGUGUGACAAGUAGAUCUCGUCCAUCCACUGCAGUCGGUUCUGUUAAUUCCUCCCGUUUACAAGGUAAAGCAGCAUCACCACGUCGAGAACCUGGAGUUCAUUCCAUACGUUCGGCUAAAAAAUCUAAGGAUUUUAAGUCUGGUAAACACGAUUCGGGUCACACUACAGCUGCUUCACGUGCUGCUGAAGCAACGAAACGAAGGUAUAUGUCGAGAGCAAGCAACAGUAAAUUUUCACCGAAUUCAAAAAAAUCCAAUCUGAAUGGGAUAUGCAGUAAAAAACCUAAAAAAUUAUCGAACGACUUUUCGCGUAAAAAUCAGCGUCAAAAUUCUGUAUCCUCCACUCGUACCUCGAAAGGAAAUUGCGUAAGUCAAAGUAUCACUCGGAAGUCGAAGCUAUCGGGUUCCAUGAUACCUCAUCAGAAGCAAAACAGUAAUAUGAUUAGAAAUACUGUGUCCGAGAAACAAGAAAUUACUUAUACUUCUAGUGAUGAUGAUGAUGAUGACGGCGAAUAUAAAUCGGAUGAUGAGAGUUCCCUGUAUGAAGAGACAUCAACUGACAUGCAGACAGACACGUCUUCGUCAACACCAUCCACAAUCGCUAUGUAUGCGUCUGAUGUUGAAGAUUUUCUGAUUGAAGAAGAUGAUAAAUCAGACAAUACUGUUCCAAUUGACGAUACUGCUACCUACUGUGCUUUAGAUAACGAUCAACAAGUCACAGAAACGAUUGAUGAGAAUGAGGCGUAUCUUUUGAAUUCUGAAGAAGAUAAUUGCAUUGCAUCAGAUGUUGCCUUGUCUCUUGAAUCUGGUUCGGACAAGCCGAAUACUCCUGAUUUGACUUCGAGGACUUCUGAAACUGUGGUUGAUGAACCGCGCCAGUCGAAUAAUUCGUCCACCGAAGGAGGUCGUAAAAAUCGUAGUCUUACACUUCGAUUGAGUCGGAAAGGUACUCAACUUGUUGUUGUGUCUUCUUCAGAUUCAACACCUAAUUGUUCAUCUCAAGAUUUAAAUGAAUCAUUAAUAGAAACAUCUUUUGAUGGUACUUCUCAUGAUACUGAUUGGCGUAGUUGGGCGAAUCAAGUUCUGAGUGGUAGUGAACGAAUUGUGAAUACGUUGAUGUCAAAGAAUGAACGUUUGGCGCUUUCUCCUCGUUCCAAAAAUAAAUUGUCGGAAUCUCAAAUAAAAGAAUUGAUCGAUGAAUUACUAGAUCCUGUCGCGAGUGAUUUGAAUAAAGGAUUGGUUACAUCUAAGCAACAGUUUAUACAUCGUUUAUUGCGUCAACUAGCUGAGACUGCAAUGACACGACCAUGUAAUACAAUUAGAUAUCGUAUAGCUAUCGAAUUGUAUGAACAAUGGGAUCAACAAUUGCAAAUAGACGUUCCAGAGCCAAGUUCCACAUCAACGCCUAUCUAUUCAAACAUGAAUACUUCACUACCUUGGUCAAAUGAGUCAGGGGAUAAUUCACUGGAUGUAUCAAGCGAUCACCCGCCUACCUUAACGUCGAUCACUUCAUCGCUUGAUUCAUCUUCAUCUAAACUAUCUAGUGAUAUUUUUGUAAGUUGCCAUUGUCGUUGUUCUUGUUUGUUGAUUUUUAAGCAUUCACCCUUAUGCUUAUUCAGGUAUGCCUGUUGGGUCAUGCGGGUGUACAACUGAAGGAUUCCAAAUUGCGUCUGUCUGUCUCUGUCUGUUCUCGACGUAGAACUUUGAACCGAUGUGCGGCAGUUCAAGUCGCCACACUCCCUCCAUGUAGCAUACAAAGCAAGAGAAGAAAGUAGAAGAAAUGCAUAAACAGACAGUAAACAGAGGUGUGAGAC